ACUAUAGAACAAACUGAAAUAAGCAAAAUUAUCUCUCUUUCUCUCUCAUACAACACAGAGCUUGUCUUGACCGAUUCUUGCGAAACUCUCGCGCUCCGCAGAAAGAUGCCUGGCCAGAAGAUUGAAACAGGUCAUAAUGAUUCAAUCCAUGAUGUAUCCAUGGAUUACUAUGGGAAAAGGGUUGCAACAGCCUCAUCUGAUUCAACUAUCAAGAUAAUAAGUACAACCAGCAACAACAACUCAGCUACUUUAACAGGCCAUCAAGGUCCUGUUUGGCAGGUAGCAUGGGCUCACCCGAAAUUCGGCUCAAUACUCGCCUCAUGCUCAUACGACGGUAGAGUAAUAAUAUGGAAAGAAGGCAAUCAGAACGAGUGGGCUCAGGCACAUGUAUUCACAGACCAUAAAUCAUCUGUGAACUCCAUUGCUUGGGCUCCUCAUGAAUUCGGGUUGUGUCUGGCUUGUGGAUCUUCGGAUGGAAACAUCUCCAUUUUCACUUCUAGAUCCGACGGUGGUUGGGAUAGUUCCAUGAUAGAGCAGGCUCAUCCUGUAGGAGUAACAUCGGUUUCUUGGGCUCCUUCUGUUCAGAAGCUGGUGUCUGGUGGAUGUGAUAAUACUGUGAAAGUAUGGAAGCUGACAUCAUCUGGAUUAUGGAAGAUAGAUUGCUUUCCUGCCUUGAAGAUGCAUGAUGAUUGGGUGAGAGAUGUUUCGUGGGCGCCUAAUUUGGGGCUUGUUAAAUCUACCAUUGCUAGUGCUUCACAGGAUGGGAGGGUUGUGAUAUGGACUAGUGUGGGGAAGGAAGGUGAUAAGUGGGAAGGUAGAGUUUUGAAGGAGUUUAAUCUUCCUGUUUGGAGAGUUUCUUGGUCUUUGACUGGUAACUUGUUGGCUGUUGCGGCUGGAGAUGAUAAUGUUACAUUGUGGAAGGAGGCUGUUGAUGGAGAGUGGCAAGAGGUCAAUGCAACUGGUGAACAAUAGUGUUUUAAGGUUCAUAUUUUUCUUUAAAACUCUAUGAAUUCUUCAAUUUUCGGGUUUGAAUACUUUUGUGUUUAUGUUGAACUUUUCUUGUCAAAUUUAUUGGGCUCGGAUAUAGGUUAUUGUUGAACAGGUUUGUUGACAAAUUUAUCGAGACAGUUAUUGAUA